CUGACAAGUAAAAAAACAAAAGAACAACCUCACUCACCUCUUUUACAAAUCUUUUACAAAUCUCAAGCAGAAUAUGCACUCCCACACAUAACACACACACACACACACAUCACAAUACACACACUAAUCAGAGAUGGCGGAGCAGCAGCAACAACACAAUCCCGAGGUGGCUGAACCGCAAAAACAAGAGACGAGAUGGUGCGUAGUGACAGGAGGAAGAGGCUUCGCGGCGCGGCAUCUGGUAGAAAUGCUGAUCCGUUUCGACAUGUUCUCUGUUCGUAUCGCCGAUUUAGCUCCUUCUAUUCUUCUCGAUCCUUCUGAGCAAACCGGUGCCCUAGGUCAAGCUCUUCAAUCAGGCCGUGCUUCUUAUGUCUCCGCUGAUCUUCGCGAUAAAUCGCAAGUCUUCAAAGCUUGUGAAGGUGUUGAGGUUGUGUUUCAUAUGGCUGCUCCGGAUUCUUCCAUCAAUAACCACAAACUCCAUCAGUCAGUUAAUGUACAAGGCACUGUGAACGUCAUUGAAGCUUGUGUUGAGUUAAAAGUGAAGAGACUCAUUUACACAAGCUCUCCCAGUGUCGUCUUUGAUGGAGUAAAUGGAAUUUUUAAUGGCGAUGAAUCACUACCCUAUCCAACCAAGCACAAUGAUUCAUAUUCUGCAACUAAAGCUGAUGGAGAGGCACUAGUUAUCAAAGCCAAUGGUGUUAAUGGGCUCCUGACAUGCUGUGUCCGUCCCAGCAGCAUUUUUGGUCCUGGUGACAAGUUACUUGUUCCAUCUUUAGUUAAUGCUGCAAGGGCUGGAAAGUCUAAGUUCAUUAUUGGCGAUGGCAACAAUAUGUAUGAUUUCACUUAUGUCGAAAAUGUGGCACAUGCACACAUAUGUGCUGAACGAGCUUUGGCGUCUGAUGGACCAGUUGCACUUAAAGCUGCUGGCCAGGCAUACUUUAUUACCAAUAUGGAGCCUAUCAAGUUUUGGGAGUUUAUGUCGCUAAUUCUUGAUGGACUUGGCUAUGAAAGGCCAAAAAUUAAAGUUCCCGUGUCUAUCAUGAUGCCAAUUGCACAUCUGGUGGAGGCAAUAUAUACUGUGUUAGCACCCUAUGGAAUGAAGGUUCCUCAGCUAACGCCCUCAAGAGUCAGAUUGCUCAGUUGCAACAGGACGUUUGAUUGCUCAAAAGCAAAUGAUCUGCUUGGCUACUCACCAGUUGUGCCACUUAAGGAGGGUCUUACUAGGACUAUUGACUCAUACUCUCACUUAAGGGCUGAACUGUAUCGUCGUAAAGAUGGUCCAUCAAAAGCUUCAAUAUAUCUUGGCAGUGGAAGGGUUUCUGACAUACUUCUUUGGAGGGAUAAAAGGCAAACAUUGGCAACUAUAUUAGUUUUGUGGGCCAUUUACUCCUACUUCGUAGCAUCUGGGUAUACCAUGAUUACUGCAGUUUCCAAACUUCUUGCGGGGGCAUCCAUCUUUUUGUUCCUCCACGGGAUAUCACCGAGAAAAAUAUUGGGAUAUACAAUCGAGAAAGUUCCAGAAUCAAAAUUUCAUUUGUCAAAAGAGAUGUCACAUAAAGUUGCCUUAUUGAUAGCUUCAUUGUGGAAUUAUGCAGUAAAUAGUUUAAAAUCACUUUGCUCUGGGAAUGACUGGAUGUCGUACCUUAAGGUGGUUCUCUCUUUAUUACUUCUGGACUUGCUUGGAGCCUUUUCACUGGAGAGUUUGUUUACCCUAGUUUUUCCCUUGAUGUUUGUUGCUUUUUACGUGUAUGAGAAAAAAGAGGAAGAAAUUGAUGGUCUUGUCCUAAGCAUAAUCUCCAUCGGAUCCAGAUUAAAGUCUGAUGCAGAGAGAAACAUAGGUACCAAAACAAACACCAAAAGUGAGUGAUCUCUGACAAUUCGCUACCAAUUUGAUAAGAUGAAAUUCUCCCUUGCGAGUUUUCCUUUCGACUAUAUCGAUUAGAGCUAGUGGCUUGACUGAUUGUAACAGAGGUCCAGGUUGAAUCAUUAAAUUCAGUUCGAAAACAGAGCACUGAUUCAUGCUUUAUCAACACGAACAGGCAAUCAAUCAACAGUGUUUAGGACAAUGAUUUUGUAGCUGUAUUGUCUAGCAUGAUGUAAUUUUGUUUUCCAGACUUACAAGCUCUGUGCCAUUAAUUUUUGUCUUAAUGAUUUAAUUUGUGCGUUUGUAACCAAAUUCUAAGAACUUUCUAAUUGGUUUUGUUACUAAACAUUA